AUGCGGGACCUAACCCUGGCAUCGGGAGAGGCUGGGGCUCCCUGCCGCUGGGAUUGGGGGGCAGAGCUCAGCAUUUGUCCUUCAUGUCCACAGGCCCAACAAGCCAAAUUCCUUAGCGAUGUGGAGAAUGAGCUGGAGGAGCUGGCAGUCACCAUUGCGCAGGCCAAGAAGAUGGUGGAACUCAUUAAGGGUGCCGCCACGAAGGAGAGGGAAAGAUUCGAGAAGCUCUUUGCAGAAGCCUCCGAGGUCCUGGCAGCCUUCCAGAAGGAGGUGGCUGGUUUCAUCGAGGAUGGGGAGCGCUUCAUGCUGGGGGAGGCCGAGGCCGAUCUCCGCUGGAAGGAGGAGAGGCGAGCCAAGCUGGCCCAGUGCAAGCAAAACCUGGAGAACGUCCCCAGCACUGACACCAUCUACUUCCUCCAGGAAUUUCAGGCCUUAAAAGUAGCCAUGGAAGAAAACCUCUCCCCAGCUCUGAGCUUCCAGAAUGAGCUGAACUUCACCAAAUGCACCCAAGGCGUGAGCGCUGUGAAGGAUGUGCUGUCCGCUGCCUGCAAAAAACAGUGGGACCACUUGCAGGGGAAAGGAAUUGAUGGGCUGAAGUUCCAGGAGACGGAGGAAGAGUUGGCCGAGUCCCGAUUUCCAGACAAGUCAAACAAUCCCGCCUGCCUGGAGAGCCGUGAUUACUUCCUGAAAUUUGCCUUCAUCAUUGACCUGGACAGUGACACGGCCGACAAGUUCAUCCAGCUGUUUGGCACCAAAGGGGCCAAGCGGGUGCUGUGCCCCAUCCCCUACCCCGAGAGCCCGACCCGGUUCAUCAACUGUGAGCAGGUGCUGGGUGAGAACCUCAUGAACCGGGGCAACUACUACUGGGAGGUGGAGCUCAUCGACGGCUGGGUCAGCAUCGGCGUCAUUGCUGAGGACUUCAACCCCCAGGUGUCCUACAACUACAGCCGCCUGGGGCGGAAUGAGAAGUCCUGCUGCCUGCAGUGGAACGGACAGAACUAUGUGGCCUGGUUUGGUGGCUGUAAGUCUGUCAUCCAGCAGCCGUUUUUCCACACGAUUGGGGUCUUCUUGGAAUAUUCGGAGAGGGCCCUGACCUUCUAUGGAGUCAAGGACUCCAAGAUGACCUGCCUGCAGCAGCUCAAGGUCUCCCAUCUUGCCAAGGGUCAGUUUGACCCAUUCCAGAACAAGAUCAACCAGCAAUUCGCCUCUCUUUUCUUGUACAAGCUGAAACCUGCCUUCUUCCUGGAGAGCGUCGAUGCACACCUGCAGAUCGGGCCACUGAAGAAAGAUUGCGUUUCCGUGCUAAAGCGUAGGUAACUGCCUGGAGAGCAGGAGCAUGGGAAGACCCAGAAAAGUCUCUUCUGCAGCGUAUUGCCACCAUCACAGCUUCUCUUCGGUAGCAUUUUAUUUCUCUGCAGCAGUCUUCUCGCUCUGUGCUGUUUGUGACCCAAGGGUGGAUGAAGCCAUCUGGUGGGCAGAGCUGUGGGCUGGGAGCCAGGAGGGAGCUGGAUCUGAGUGCCAGCUCUGCCGCUAGGCUGCUGACUGAACUUGGGUGAGUCUCUGUGCUGCUCCCUGCCCCUCAGUUUCCCUUUCUGGACAUCAGGGAUCGUGACACAGCCUUUCUUGGUAAAGCGUAUUGCUCAGGAGAAGUGCCACAUAGAUCUGAAGCUGUAUCUUGGCCAGCUGCUGGGCUGCCCAGUCCCUCUCCUUAAUAUCUGCUCGCGCUGCCCUGGCGACUUGCACAGAUGCUCCGCUUUGUGCCUUAGCUCGGUCUCUGUCACUGCUGCCUUUUUAAGUGCUGGCUCAUCAACACCAUCCACAUGCUCCUAUUGAAGUGCCUUUGAAGGAGCAAGCCCAGUGUGGACCAGGUGAACCCCCAAAGCAGAUGCGGUCACUUCCUCGGUGCCUGCAUCACCAUCGUGCCUUGGUGUGGGUGAGCAGGGGGUGGGUGGGAUGCAGAGGAGCCUGGCUGGGUGCAGGGGCAAUGCUGCGGUGAUGCAGUACCUCUCCCUGCAGGGCUGAGCGCCUAUUAGUCCUGCGAACGUGAAACGAGGAUCUUUGCCCUCCCUCACGCUGCGGCUGGCAGGUAUUUUGAAUGCUGGUCUGUGGUCAGGCUCAUUUGGGAAAAGCCAUGGUCCCGUAUGUGUUGGAGCCCCAUGGCUGUGGGGCUGGGAAAGGGAAGAAGCCUCCUGCUGAGAAGCAGCAGCACCGUUCCUGCCUUGAGAUGAUGAAGUGAGCAGCACAAGACAGUUUUGAGGAUGUGCUUUUAGUAAGCAUGUUCCUCAGGAACUGCUUACAGAAACUUUACAGCCGAAUUUCCCCCCGCAUUUUUGAUGACUCUACUAUUUUACGGGAUUUUAAUACUGUUAAACUCCCGACUCUUAAAGUACCCAGGACACACUUGAGCUGUAAAUGUACCCCUUAGCUUCGAGAGUUUUUUAAGUGACAAAGAGGUGCUGUGAGUAUGUCCCAGGGGCAAAUGGUGUGUUUUAGGCACAGCUGUGAGCAUGUUGAGAGAAGGCACAGCAUCAGUCAGUUAUUAAAUGCCCCUUUAGACUCUGGCAAUAAGUAACAAUUAACAAAAACUACUCUCAAGCAAGUGUCCCCGCUGGGAAAGGUGGAAACUUGAGGCUGAGAGCCAAAAAUGCCAGUUCACGUGUCCGAAGGGAGCUUUUCCAGAAGAAAAAUACAGAAAUCCCGCCUGUAAGGGCGGCACAGUGCAGCCCCUGUCUCAGCACAGCGUGCCUUUCCACAAGUUUAUUUUUUCUGGGAUUAGUUUGCUACCUACCUCCCAAAGCUUGCUUUACAGAAUCAUAAUGCUGUGUAAUAUAUACCUAGAGAGAAAAUAUAUUGGGUCAGGUUCUUCGUUGGCGUGAGUGAGUCAGUGAUGAUGCAUCAACGGUCAACAGGGAUGGAAAAUGGCCCAUUUAGCUAAAUGUAUGAAAUAUAUAUAUAUUCCCCAAAGGAUAUGCUGGAAAUCACAGUUCUAUAUUCAAGGGAAGCCAAGGGAAAAUUGUGAACAGGAAUAAAAAGGGCAGCCACAAAGCUGAGAAGUUUAAAGUUAAAGCCACGUUUACAUAAACACUGGGGCUUAAAGAGCUCCUUUACUGUAACUCGUUUGCCAGCACUGC